GGUACAUCUCCCCAUACUUUGUCACCGACACCAAGGCGCAGAAGUGUGUCUUUACAGAUCCGCUCAUCCUACUCUUCGACAAGAAGAUAUCUUCGGUGCAGAGCAUCCUGCCCGUGCUGGAGCACGUCGCCAAGGUGCAGCGCCCGCUGGUGAUCGUGGCGGAGGACGUCGACGGGGAGGCGCUCGCGACGAUGGUGGUCAACAAGCUGCGGGGGGGCCUGAACAUCUCGGCGGUCAAGGCUCCCGGCUUCGGCGACCACCGCAAGGCCAUGCUGCAGGACCUCGCCGUCCUGUCCGGCGCGGAGAUGAUCAGCGAGGAGCUGGGCCGCAAGCUGGACGAGACCUUCGACCCCAGCGUGCUGGGCACGGCGAAGACGGUCACCAUCACGAAGGAUGAUACCGUCGUCCUCGACGGCGCUGGCGGCCAGGACGCUAUCAAGGAGCGUUGCGAGCAGAUUCAGGCGGCCGUCGAGAACACCACGUCGGAGUACGAGCGGGACAAGCUCCGGGAGCGGUUGGCCAAGCUUUCAGGCGGCGUGGCGGUGAUCAAGGUGGGCGGCGCCUCGGAGGUGGAAGUGCAGGAGGUGAAGGACCGCCUCAACGACGCGCUCAACGCCACGAGGGCCGCCGUCGAGGAGGGCAUCGUCCCGGGGGGCGGCACGGCGCUGCUGUACGCCUCCAAGGCUCUCGACAGCGUGGACUUCGGCAACUUCGACCAGAACGUCGGCAGGGACAUCGUGAAGCAGGCGCUGAGGAUGCCGAUCACCACCAUCGUCAAGAAUGCGGGCAAGGAGGGCAUCGUGGUGGUGGAGCGCCUGCUCGGCCAGUCGGACUCGAGCCUGGGCUACAACGCGCAGACGGGCGAGUACGUGAAUAUGAUCGCGGCGGGCAUCAUCGACCCCACGCUGGUGGUGCGGACUGCGCUCGCCGACGCGGCGUCCGUGGCGUCCCUGAUGACCACGACGGAGGCGCUCAUCGCGGAGGUCCCCGAGAAGAAGAAGGAAGCUGGCGGCGGCGGCGGCGGCGGCAUGGGCGGCAUGGGCGGCAUGGGCGGCAUGGGCGGCAUGGACGACUUCGACUACUGAGCCCCCUGCGUUCCCCUCGGCCCUCGGUGAGUGGCCGUUGGGGCCCCCCGCACAUCAGCGGCAACCGCCUCCCGCGGCGGGGGCGCGCGCGGGCGCCGGCGCUGCGCGCCGCGGGGCAGCCCCGUGGGCCGGGUGGUGAGCGGAGCGCCCGCGGGCCUGGGCCCCGGCGGCCCGCGGGGGCUCGAUUGCCGGCACGCUCGAGCGGGGAGUUUGCCAACGGGCUCGACCGCGGGGUCGCCGACGAUGACACCAGCUUCACCUUCGUCGUCGCCGUCAUCACCGCCAUCGUCCUCGCCACU